AUGUCUUUAUCCAAACCAUCAACUAACAUCAUGCGCACACAUUCUUUUCAAAAUGAGUCUGAUUAUGACCCUGAAAAUCACUCCAUAUUCUCUCCAUACUUAAUUCCUUUUCGUUCUGGAAAUAGCUUUCAUACUCCUGUAAAUUUUGUUCGUUCAAAUACUGAGACUAUCACUGAUCAGAUUAACAACACUAGAAUUCAACAUACUGCUUUUUAUACCGAAGCUGGCUUGGUUCGUCCUGUCAAUCUCUCUAACAAUAGAUCAUUUAUUCACCAUCAAACUAACUAUGCUCCAAUUACGGCUGGUGAAAAUCUGCAAAUAACAAAUCCAUCUCGAUCUGGAAUUCUUGAUGAACGAAAAUUCAUGUAUCGUUGUACAAAUAUUGAAAAUCUGUCAAAUAAUGAUGAACGUAAUCGUACUCGUUUAAACGGGAAUGAUCAAAGAGUUGAUAUUUAUCCAAAGCCAUCUUUACCUGAGCAAUCCAUAUUCAAUCAUAAUAAAGAAAUAAGAAAAAAGUCUCCAUCAAGAAAGACUCGUUCUUCUUCGGAUCCUCCUCUAAAAAGUAUUCGACAUUCCCGCUCGGACAUUAAUCUUUCAUCACACGAUAGUCGAUCAAAUACUAUACAACAUCCCACUCCAGUUAGAUCCUUAACAAUGGUAAAAAGUAAUCAAAAAUUAGAACAAUUAAAUAUCAAUACUUCUCAAUCUACUUGGGAUCCUACUCUUGACAAGAGCGUUUCUUGUGAUUAUCAAUUCGAUAAGGAUUUAAAUUCCCCAAAAUUUAAUUUAAAUUCCAGUACAAAUUCUAAUUCUCCAACUUUAAAUGAUUCAAGUCAAGCCUCAAUGCAAGAUCCUCAAAAUUUUUUACCUCAUAAAUCUAAUUAUUCAAGAUAUUCGGAUCUUAAACCACAUCCGGAUUUUUUGACUUUUAGUACUUCUGAAAACAAUUCUUAUGAUCGUAUUUCAAAUUAUUCUACCACCAACGGUUACGAUAAUCGUUCAAACAGAGGUGAACCUGAUCAUAAUAUUCAUAAUAUUGAUAAUGAUGUUUCAAAACAACAAAAUCGUCUUAUUUUAUUAACUCCUAUAAAAAAAAAGAAAUUUGGUAUAUUUAAGAGAUCUAAAAAAACUUUACCCGCUUACUUAAAAGCUAUUACUGCUUUAGAAGAAAUGCAAUUCAAUGAUGCUAUAAAUUUAUUUACUCUAGUUUUGGAGAAAUAUCCUCAAAGUUAUUCCGUUAGAUGUGAUCGUGCUUAUGCUUCUUAUCAAAUUGAAGAUUGGGAUAGAGCAAUGGAUGAUUUAAAUCAUGCUAUCGCAAAAAAACCAAAGAAAUCUCAUCAAAGUAAUGCUACAACCGCUUCAACAUUAUCUCAUCGUGGUGAAAUUUAUCGAAUAAUGGGACGUAAUGAUUUGGCUCUUGUGGAUUUAAACGCUUCAUUACAAUUUGAUGAGAAUAUUUUAUCUUUAGAACGAAGGGGUAAUGUUUAUAUGGCUUUGGGAAGAGAUAGUGAUGCAAUGGAUGAUUUUGAAAGGAUCUUACAAUUUAAUUCUCAACAUUUUUUGGCUCAUAAAAACAUUGCUACUCUUUUACUUAAAUCUAAACUUUAUGAAAAAGCUCUUAAACAUUUAGAUUUGGCUUUACAAUUAAAAUCUGAUGAUUUAUUUUUAUUAAAAACUCGAGGUACUAUUUAUCAAAAAAUUGGUCAUUAUAAUGAUGCCAUAAAUGAUUAUAGUUUUGCUCUAUGCAUUUAUCCUAAUAGUGUGGAUUUAUUUAAAAAUCGUGGUGAAUGUUAUAGAUUAAUUCAAGAUUUUGAUAAAUCUAUAAAAGAUUUUACAAGAGUUUUGGAAUUAGAUCCAAAAAAUGUUUUUGCCUUGACUAGACGUGGUGAA